AUGGCUUCACCGACCGCCCUGGGGUACAAGCAGCUGCAGCUGGACCUGUGGUCUCUCCUGAGCGGGGCCGACUCCUCGCCCUACGCCGAUGUCGUCUUUCGCGCGGUCGACCCCAACCAGAAGCCGGCCGACGCCAGCAGCGGCAGCGGCGGACAGGACCGCCCUGCGGCGCAGUCGUUCCACGCCCACAAAGUCAUCAUCUACCACACGGCGCCCAUGUUGUUCGCCUCGCUGCUCUCGGUCGAGGACCACACGGCUUCGGCCGACAACGCGGCCGCACCACCACCGCCAGCGACGGCCACCAUCGAGAUCGAGCCCCACAUAUUCAAGCUGUGUCUCCUCGCGAUGAACAACGACGAUCGAUUGCGCGACUCACCCGCACAUGACAACUCGGUGAUGGCGGUGCUCGUGGUGCAGGAGUUCUUGUACACGGGCGCGGUGACGACGCCCGGCGUGACCCGGGAGGACAAGGUCAGGCUCCUCUCGUUUGCCGAGCACUACAACAUUCCUGGCCUGAUGACCGCCAAAGCCUGGAAAGAGUCGAGUGAUUCGUGCUGGAUUCUGCCGGAACCACACCAAGACUCAGUGACCGACAAGAACCCACCGCCGCCCAAGCCCAUCCUCGCUGCCCGCCACAGCCCGCUCUUCGCCGACGUCACCCUCCUCGUCGACGGACAACGGUUCCACGCUCACAAGGUGCACACCACCACCACCGCCACCGCCGCCACCGCCACCACCUUAACAACCGACAACUUCCAGGCGAUCCUCGCAGCGCGCAGUGCCUACUUUGCGCGCAUGUUCGGCAGCGGUCUCGCCGAGAGCUUCCAGUCGGAAAUCGCCAUCACCCAGGCAUCGGCGGCUUCGUUCGGCCUCUUCCUGGACUACCUCUACAGCGCGACGCUGCGGGACUGGAGCCUGCUCACGCCCGACGCCGCGGUGGAGCUCGUGCCCGUGUGCCACCAGUACGGCGCGACGUCGCUCGUCAACCCUCUGCAGAGCGCCGGACCCUCGGACCUCCACCUCAAGGCCAUCUGCGAGCAGCUGCUCAGCGACGUCCUUGACGGCGACAACGUGUGCCUCAUCUACGACAUCGCCCUCUUCCACAACGCCACAGGUCUGGCGCAGCGUUGUGGGGAGUACAUUCGAAGGAACCUCGAGGAGGUGUCGCACUCGGACAACUUCGUCUACCUGAGCGACGCCGGCGUGGUCGCGGCCGAGAAGGAGGUCCAGCGCAUCUGGCAAGCCGCGCAAUCGCCCGCGAUGGUGGCCCGCGAGGCCGAGCGGCGUCUCGCCAUCCUCGCAGCCACGCAAACUCGCCAGCGCCGCAUCGCCCACACCAAGACGCACAAGAAGACGAACACGAACACGACUGCCACCACCAAUGACGAAGCCGAGGCUGAAGCUGAACAAGAAGACGAUGAUGGCGAGCACGGCGUUGAUGCGCAGAUGAGCCUCGACAAGGCCGAGAAGCUGUGGCGGUCGCUGUUCUGGGCCGCGAUGGUGGACCUGGUGGCCAUGGGCUGCGCCGACCCGUCGACCACGGUCCCGCUGCGGAGCCGGGCGCUGCUCGACUACCUGGCCAAGAAGGGCGAGACCUUCGAGGUGGUCGAGUUCGAGCGAAAGUAUCCGCAUCAUCGCGACGGCCUCGCCGAUGCGCUGUGGAAGACGAGCUCGGCCGACCUGGCGCAGAUUCUGAACGUAGCGCCCCAACAGGUGCUCAAGGAAGUGGUCUUCUUCAAAUUCACCGCACCCAAGGGGAGACACGCCUACAAGAAUGGGGCGUACGAGCUGGUGCUGGUGCUGGUGAAUGGAGACCGUCAAGUGGACGAGCACCGCCUGAAGCAGAUCCUCUUCGGCGACGAGUACCAGGAGAGCGAUGGCUCCAGGAGCCUCGUGGCGCUGGCCUCCCACGAGGCCAUCUUCCACCGCACCGGCUUCACGGCCCUCUAUUUCCCUUCAUUUUACCACAGGAAGCCGUUGAUGACGAUCGUCGACAGCGCGCUGGUCGGUAGCGCGGAGCAGGACCCCGUCUUCUACGCCAACUGUGGCGCCCUGCAGUGUGACAGCAUCAAGACCGGCAAGAAGUCCCCCUCGGUCAUCAGCCAAGAUCGCGCGCUGAAGGUGCACCUGGACACGCUCAUGCGCCUCCUGCCGGCCGAUCGUGUGACCAUCACGCCCGUGAGCCGCGCUUUCCCGAGCCCCACCCCCGACCAACCGAAGGCCCGCGGGGGCGGACGCAAGCAGGGCUAG